GAUAGAUUCCCGGUCCGCCUUGACGUGCAUAUGCUCUACACUGCCGACUUACUCCUUUAUCGAUCUCACCCGCUAUCCAUAGCUCGCUCAAAUCAUACUUCGUACUCGUAACACUCUAGAAUGUCUGCUCCGAACGCACAAUCAUUUCGAGACCAGCUAUCAGGAUUCCGAUGGGCAAGAGGCACGAAUGACGACUCGCAAGCACAACAGGCGGCGGCCCCGGCGUCUACCAACCCGUUCUCGAGGAUGUACAGCAGCGUAUCAGAGUAUGUCCCCUUGAGAAGUGGACAGAGGAGUAACGAGGAGGAGAGUUACAUGGCCUUGUCGAGGUGGGAGAGGUUCCUAGGAUUUCUAGCAUGCCUCGCCGGGUCUGCCAUAUGCUUCUUCGUAGCUUUCCUCACCUUGCCGAUACUCGCCCUCAACCCACGCAAGUUCGUCAUGUCGUUCACCCUCGGGUCGAUCCUGUUCAUGGCAGCAUUCGCAGUAUUGACGGGCCCAUUGAACUACCUCAAGCAUAUCGCCUCGAAAGAACGGCUACCCUUCUCCUUGGCAUACUUUGGAUCUCUCGGAUUGACACUCUUCUUCUCGAUCGGACUUCGGAGCAAGAUCUUGACGCUCCUCGGGGCUAUCGUACAGAUCGUUGCCCUCCUCGCUUACAUCGCCAAAUACUUUCCUGGCGGAGUGCAGACCUUAUCGCUCGGAGGCCAGAUGCUCCUACGGGGCGGCUCGAGCAUGCUACCGAUCUAGGGGACGCCGUCAUCUUCGUUCCGAAUAGGAUGUACCGAAAGUUUCUCAAGUGUAUCGAUGAUAUUCAUGCCUCCCGGUCACCUUGCGCUCGGCAGUGGAAUCAGGACCUCGUUAUCACUCGGAUCGUGGCUCGAAGCCGUGACUGUACACGAGAGCGAAUGUCGAAGUCAAGGUGGAGAACGACUUCGAGAUCGAUCCCCAGACGCCUGUUCUGCUCGGCGG